CUGGCUAUCAGUGCCCUCGAGUUCUUCCUCUGCGAAUGCGACGAUAACAGAAAAAAGGAAUUGAAACAAUAGAGGAAGAUCCCAAUGGGUAGUCUUAUCGGUUUCUCGUUGCUCAACAUGGAUUCGGUGGCGUGCAGGGGAUUGCUCUACACAUUCUUCAUACUCAAUUUUGUUUUGGUCUGCCAACUCAUUCUCCUUCAACCUCUUGUUUCUGCUUCAGGUGGAAAAUCUGGAAAUGCUGCUGAAUUGUUUGAGAGGGCAUCACAAAGUAUAAAAGUGAAACAUUAUACUGAGGCACUUGAUGAUCUGAAUGCUGCUAUAGAAGCAGAUCCAACCCUUUCAGAAGCUUACCUUUACCGUGCAUCAGUUCUUCGUCAGUUAUGUAGAUAUGAGCAAUCUGAAAGGAGCUACAAAAAGUUUCUGGAGUUAAAACCUGGAGAUUCAGCUGCAGAAAAGGAGCUCUCUCAGCUGUUGCAGGCUCAAAGUUCCCUAGAAACAGCUCAGUCCCUCUAUGAUUUGGGAAACUUCGCAAAAUCUCUGGAAUAUAUUGACAAAGUUGUUCUUGUUUUUUCUCCAGCAUGCACUAAGGCUAAGCUUCUUAAAGUGAAGUUGUUGAUAGCUGAUAAAGAGUAUGAGAGUGCCAUUGCUGAGUCUGGGUUUAUGCUCAAGGAAGAUGAAAAUAAUUUAGAGGCAUUGUUGUUACGUGGUCGUGCAUAUUACUAUUUAGCUGAUCAUGAUGUUGCCACGAGGCAUUUCCAGAAAGGUCUCCGCCUAGAUCCAGAGCACAGUGAGCUGAAAAAAGCAUAUUUCGGAUUGAAAAAUCUACUCAAAAAGAGUAAAAGUGCUGAAGAUAAUGCCAGCAAGGGUAAGCUACGAGUGGCAGUGGAGGAAUUCAAAAGUGCACUGGCUGUUGACCCUAACCAUCUAGCACAUAAUGUACAUCUUCAUCUUGGCUUAUGUAAAGUGCUAGUCAAGCUUGGCAGAGGAAAAGACGCCUUGAACAGUUGUAGUGAAGCUCUUAAGAUCAACGAGGAGCUGAUUGAAGCACUCGUUCAGAGGGGAGAAGCUAAACUCAUAACAGAGGAUUGGGAGGGAGCUGUGGAGGAUCUGAAAUCAGCUGCUCAAAAAUCUCCUCAGGAUAUGAAUAUCCGCGAAGCAUUAAUGAGGGCUGAAAAAGCUUUAAAGAUGAGCAAACGCAAGGAUUACUACAAAAUUUUGGGAAUUUCAAAAACUUCUUCCGCUGCUGAUAUAAAACGUGCCUACAAGAAGCUUGCCUUACAAUGGCACCCAGAUAAGAAUGUUGACAAUAGGGAAGAAGCAGAGGCUAAAUUCCGAGAAAUUGCUGCUGCAUAUGAGGUUCUCAGUGAUGAAGACAAACGCACAAGGUAUGACAGAGGGGAGGACCUAGAAGAAACGGGAAUGGGUGGCGGCGGCGGCGGCGGCGGAGGUUUCAACCCCUUUGGUGGUGGAGGGCAGCAGUAUACCUUCUCUUUUGAAGGUGGCUUCCCUGGUGGUGGAUUUGGAGGUGGCUUUCCUGGCGGGUAUGAAUUUCAUUUUUAAUGGGUGAAGAUUGGAAAAGCCGUACUACUGAUGUUUUUCUUAAGCGAAAGUUACAGACUUUCUUGAUUUCUUGAAAGGGACCACACCAAUAAUAUUGACUAAUCACUUGCUAACGGUUGUUGAGGUAAAUACGUAGGCCAUCCCACAAAUGCUUGUAAGAUAAGAAAUGUGCUUCAGAGGAAACUUUUUGCUUUGUGCAAAAGUGAUGGGGUGGGUGUUAGUUAAGGAGGGCACAUUUUGAUGUAGCCACAUUUGGGUUUAUGUGGUGGUUGUCAUUAUGUAACGAUGACUUUAAAUUCCAGGCAACCAUAAUACUUUUUGACAUAUUUAAGUCAAUUCAAUUGCUUCACAAUUAAU